AUGGCGGAAUUGGACUUAGGAACUCGAUAUUUCUCCGCCGCCGACCACCACGAUGACGACGAUCCCCACCAAUCCCACGGCGGCGCUGACGAUGUCCUUGGCCGCCGCCCUCGCGGCCGACCAGCAGGUUCAAAAAACAAGCCGAAGCCGCCGGUUAUCAUCACCCGCGAGAGCGCCAACACGCUACGUGUCCACAUCUUAGAGGUCAACAGCGGCUGUGACAUAUUUGAUUGCAUCGCCGCCUACGCGCGUCGGCGACAGCGUGGGAUCUGUAUUUUGAGCGGUAGUGGCAACGUCAGUAACGUCGGAAUCCGCCAACCAGCAGCGGCCGGAGCCGUACUGACUCUUCAUGGGAGAUUCGAGAUUUUGUCGCUAUCUGGAUCGUUUCUUCCGCCGCCUGCUCCGGCUAGCGCCACUAGUUUGACUAUAUUUUUGGCCGGAGGGCAGGGACAGGUGGUCGGCGGGACGGUGGCUGGAGAAUUAACAGCGGCAGGACCAGUGAUUUUGAUUGCAGCUUCGUUUAGUAAUGUGGCGUAUGAGAGAUUACCAGUGGAGGAGGAAGAUCAGCAGCAGCAAGUCCCCGUCGUAGGCGGCGGAGUUGGCGGCGGCGACAACCCAUUUCAAGACGCAUCAAAUUCAGGAGUUCCAUUUUUGAAUUAUCCACUUCAUAUGCAAAAUAUUCAGCUUCCACCUUUCUGACAAAUUUGAGUGUUUGAAACAACAAAUCAAGAA